AUGUUAAAUCAAACAAAGAUAACUAAAUUUAUUCUUCUGGGGAUUUCUGAUAUUCGAGAACUACAAUAUUUAUACUUUGUAGUUUUUCUUGCCAUUUACUUAACAGCACUAACUGGAAAUUUUCUCAUCAUCACAACUGUUGUUCAGAAUCCUAAGCUCCACAACCCCAUGUAUUUCUUCCUAGUCAAUUUAUCUUUAGUAGAUGUUUGCUACAUUUCAACAACAGUUCCCAAAUCCCUGGACCACAGCUUGAGAAAUUAUAAAGAGAUUUCAUUUUGGGGGUGUGUUAUUCAAGUUGCUUUGGUGGUGAUGCUUGUAACAGCUGAGGUGACUUUGCUCACUGCUAUGGCUUAUGAUCGCUAUGUAGCCAUAUCUUAUCCUCUUCAGUAUCAGCUGAUUAUGAACUGGAAUGCCUGCUUUCAAAUGGUAGCAGCUUCUUGGAUCACCAGCAUAAUCUGUGCACUAAUACAAACUACACAGACCUUUAAAUUAUAUUUCUGCCAGUCCAAUGUUAUAAAACAAUAUUUCUGUGAUAUCCCUCAGCUAUUGAGCCUAUCUUGUACUGACACUGCAAUCAAUAAGAAGUUGAUAUGUGCUGUGACAGUUAUUGUAGGGUCCUUCUGCAUUUCAUCUAUCUUUGUUUCUUAUGGGUUAAUCCUCUCUACUGUGUUCAAAAUGAAAUCAAUUAAAAAUAGGCAAAAGGCCAUUUCCACCUGCAUUCCACACUUGACAAUCUUUUCUUUGUUUGCUGUUACUGCUACAUUCUCUUAUGCCAGACCAAGAGCUAUGUCCUCUGACUUUACGGAUUUGUUGACAGCCCUUUUGUACACUAUCCUACCACCAUUAAUUAAUCCCAUUAUCUAUACUCUGAGAAACAAGGAAAUCCAACUUACUUUGUUGAAAUUAUUCAAGUUAUUUGAGUUAUUGAAUCAGACAUCUACUAAGAUCUCAACAAUUAUUGUUCCUGGAAUGUUCAUUUAUUUGCUGAUCGGGGCAGUCAUCUCCCAGUUCCUCAAGCAUCUUAGUUGGGGCAGAACUUAUGAUAAUCCAAUGUCCUCUAUUGAUUUGAAUUGGAAAUCACUAUUGCUGGCUUCAGUAUUUGGGAGUCAGGUGCAGGUGAAGAUUGCAGAAGACAGAUAUGCAAUCCUAGAAAAAGAUACAACUGUUUUUAAAUAG